AUGCACCUACCUUCCUUUCUCAGCGGCUUUGUCGCCGUGCCUUUGAUGGCAAGCACCGUCUCAGGCCUCUCCGCGGAUAGCAUUGUCCGCGUUCUGCGUGGCUCCUCAGCCAACAACAAGCGAGCCGUCCUGCUCCCCCGCGAAGUCGAAGACACUUUUGUGCUUCAAAUCGCCAGCCCUUCUUUCAAGGAUGCCGCAUGUGACUGUGUGUCCCCCCAAUAUGUUGGCUUCAACGGCAUCAGCACCACCAACAUCUACGGAGCCAUGAUCUGGACCAUCAUCAACAAUGAGCUCUACUCUGUUACCGAGGGUGGCUCAGUCUCCCUCUCUGCCAGCACGGAUAGCGCCUUCUUGGCUGCUCUGCCCCGCGUUGGAACUUUUGCCACUUCCUUUGCCAUUGAUGCUGACAACACUCUGGCAUGGACCAACCCAGGCUUCCCCUCUGGCGCUGCUAGCUUCUGCCAGCGCACUAUUGACGGUGCUGUUGUUGCUUAUGUUGCUAGUACCCCAGCAGCUUGCCCUGGCACCAAGCUAACUGUUGUGUCCAGCUUCCCGGCUAGUCCAUCCAUUCCAGGAACAGGCUCAAACCCUGGUAAUGGUGGAACUCCAGGGCAUCCAGGACAACCAGGUCAACCAGGAAUUCUGGGACAGCUAGGAACUGGUGGUAACGGCGGAAACGGCGGUUCUCCAGGCCAGCCAGGCACACCAGGACAACCCGGUACACCAGGUACUGCUGGUAAUGGAGGCAACGGAGGCAACGGAGGAAAUAGAGGAAAUGGAGGUAACGGAGGCAGUAGUGGCACGCCGGGACAACCUGGACAGCCUGGUACCCAAGGACAACCAGGAACUCCUGGAACCCCUGUCCAACCAGGCACUCCUGGUAAUGGAGGCAACGGAGGCAAUGGAGGUAAUGGAGGAAACCCAGCUCAGCCAGAAACACCUGGAAGUGGUAGUGAUGGAGGCAAUGGAGGCAAUGGAGGCAAUGGUGGUAACGGAGGUCUGCCAGGCAAUGAUGGCAAUAGAGGAAACGGAGGUAAUGGCGGCGGCGAUGGCAACACGAGCGUCUUGCCCGGAUCGGAAGAUCUCAACAGAGGCAGCAGCAGCAGUGUCCCGGGCUCGUCCAAGAACGGGUCGCCUACUGGUUCGAUGACUGCUGAUUCCAGCAAGUCAGGCAUCACUGCCUCCGGCUCUGCCCCCUCUGGCUUCAUGGCAUCGGGCUCGAUGAUGCCAGGCUCGAUGAUGCCAGGCUCGAUGAUGCCAGGCUCGAUGAUGCCAGGCUCGAUGACCGCUGCGUCUAUGAUGUCUGCCUCCAUGAUGCCCGGAUCCAUGACUACUGGCUCGACAAUGUCUGGUUCUAUAAUGUCCGGAUCCAUGAUGUCCGGUUCUAUGAUGUCUGGCUCAAUGAUGCCCACCCCCAGCAUGUCAAUUCCCAGUGGUACUCCCAACAAGCCAGUCGCAGGCUGCCCUACUUCCACUUGUGCGGCAAACGAGCUUGCAAAUAGCGCACAAUCUGUCAUUGAUGCCAUUGACAAGAUUACGGAACUCUCCAUGGCCCUUCAGGGACCCGCUGGAAACAUUGGUCCUGGUCCCGCUGGCCUCACUGCUGCUGCCAACGUUGCAGCUGGCUUUACCAACAUUGUCUCGACCAUUCAAGCCGACAUUGGCGUCCUUGGUUCCAUCAUGCCUUUCGAUGCUGGCUGCGAUGCAGACGCCAUUGUCACCGCUCUUACCAAAUUCGUUGAAGUACACCAAGCCCUCCUCCGUAUCAUCUUUGGCAAAGGCUCUGUCUUGGAUAACAUUCCCCUCGCUGGAGCCCCCGUUGCUGCUGCUCUCCGAGCCCUCGAAGGCGUCGUUGACACUGUCGCUUUGGCCAUCAUCAACCUCAUUCCCAGCCGUAAGGAGUGCGCCCAGGGUCAAAUUAGCAACUUGAGCAUGACUCUCAAGGACGCUCAAGGCGCCGUCGCUUCCUGCAAUAUGCCCGACUCUUGCCCUGCUGCUCAGAUUGGUGCCACAGGCCAGGCCGUCAUUGACGCCAUCAACAAGAUUACCGAUCUUUCACAAAACCUUCAGGGCCCCGCAAAUGCUCUUGAUAUCAUAAACCCCGCUGCUAUCGCUCAGGUUGCUUCUGGCUUCACACAAAUUGUUGCUGAAGUCGUCAAGGAUGUCGCUUUGUUGGGCACGCUGCCUCCUCUUGACCCAGGUUGCGCUGCCGACAGCGUGUCCAUUGCUCUUACCAAGUUUGUCGAGGUCCACCAGGCUCUCUUGAACAUUCUCAUUGGCAAGGCAGGCUUGAUCUCCAAGGUCCCCGGCGCCGGUGCUCCCAUUGCUGCUGUCCUCCGCCAGUUGGAGAUGGCUGUUGAUUCUGUUGCAAACGGUCUAAUUGGCCUCAUCCCGUCUCGCAAGUGCUACGCCACUCAGCAAACCAGCAACCUUGCUGCCACUCUUAUGAAGACUGAAUCAGCCUACCCCAUGUAAACAGUCUUGGUCGGUUCGAUAUCCAUUGCUGCUUAGCAAUAUUCUUGUAUAUAGAAUUACG